AUGGGAGGCGACUCAAAACAUUUCCUGCUUGCUAUGGGGUUACACCAAGGAUCUGCGCUUAGCCCGAUCUUAUUUGCCCUUGUGAUGGAUGCACUGACACACCAUAUUCAAGGGGAGGUGGCAUGGUAUAUAUUAUUCGUUGAUGACAUAGUUCUGAUUGAUGAGAUGCGAGGUGGUGUUAACGAGACGUUGGAGGUAUGGAGACAUGCCCUUAAGUCUAAGGGUUUCAAGUUAAGGAAGACUAAGACAGAAUACCUGAAGUGCAAGUUCAGCGCCUACUGGAGAGAACUGGGUAUGAAUGUAAGGCUUGGAUCACAGGGAGUUGAAGAGAUCGACGAGGAUGUCACACACCGAAUAGGGGUGGGAUGGAUAAAAUGGAGACUAGCAUCUGGAUUCCUGUGUGGUAAGAAAGUACCACUGAUACUCAAAGGUGCAGGUCUCAACUACAUACAAGAGGGUCUCAUUCCAACCAAAUAUUUGGAAAAAACCAAAGAGGCCUUAGAGCUGACAAUGCCAGAAAACUAG